AUGGCGGACAUAGUAAAAGAAAUCCUCUCAAAACCGAUACAGUGCGCAGACGAGAUCAUAAAGUCGGCGGACCAGGCCAGCUCUUUCCCGCAGGACUGCCUCGAGAUCAAGCCCGAGAAUUCCAUGGGCGACGUCUCGUGGCUCCUCCGCGUGUCGACGCCGGCGGAUGACCGAGACGAUGAGUAUCUUGGGCUGCCGCCGAUCGCGGCGAAUGAGCCGAUUCUGUGUUUGAUUUGGGAACAGAUAGCGACUCUGUGCUCGGGUUCGUUAGAGGAUCGCACUGAUGCUGCUGCUUCGCUGGUGUCUUUAGCGCGGGACAAUGACCGGUACGGCAGUUUGAUCAUUGAAGAAGGUGGGGUGCCGCCAUUGUUGAAGCUGGCCAAGGAAGCGAGGAUGGAAGGGCAGGAGCACGCCACCAGGGCUAUUGGGCUGCUGGGGAGGGACCCCGAAAGCGUUGAAACGAUUGUGAAUGCUGGUGUCUGCCAGGUGUUUGCAAAAAUCCUCAAAGAAGGACACAUGAAGGUUCAGGUUGUAGUGGCUUGGGCUGUCUCGGAAUUGGCUGCUCAUCACCGCAAGUGUCAAGAUCCUUUUGCUCAGACUAACGCCAUUCGUUUGCUGGUCAGUCAUCUUGCUUUCGAGACCAUUCAGGAACAUAGCAAGUACACUAUACCCGCUAAAGAUUCCGUGUCGAUGCUCUCGGUGACGAUGGCUAAUCCAAAUUCAAACAAGAACAAGAAUGGUGAGCGUUGGAGCAGAAACAAGGAGGACGAUCGGCAGUUUCAGAGUCACAUUAGGUCCCCAAUGGAUAAUAAAACAACAAUCCAAAUGCACGACGUAGUGGCAAAUACUAUGGCCAAGAAUUCGAGUACGUUGCAGACAGGAACAACAGAAGGCCAAUCACAGCCUCAGGGCAACGGUGCCAACGAGAACAAGAAAACUAACAACCAAACUCAUCAACUUCAAGAUAACCAUCGCCAGCAUAAGCGUAACCACCACAAGGUCAAUGCCUUUCCUGGAAGUAGCAUUAAGCGUCGUGAAUUUGAAGAUCCAGCUACAAAGGCACAAAUGAAGUCUAUGGCAGCCAGAGCUCUUCGGUACCUGUGUGCAGGAAAUAUAACAAUCUGUCGAAGCAUAACAGAGUCUAGAGCUCUACUAUGCCUUGCCGCUUUAUUGGAGAAGGGUACCGAGGAUGUUAAAUACAAUUCAGCCAUGGCCCUGAUGGAGAUCACAGGACUGGCUGACAAAGAUCCAGACUUGCGGCGUUCAGCAUUUAAACCUACGGCUCCGGCCGCCAAAGCUGUUGUCGACCAAUUUCUUAGGAUUAUCCAGAGGGAGGAGCAGGAUUUGCUCAUUCCCAGCAUCAGGUCUAUCGGGAACUUGGCAAGAACGUUCCGCGCAACCGAGACAAGAUUUAUCGGUCCAUUGGUGCGUCUUCUUGAGGACAGGGAGCCAGAGGUCAUUGCUGAGACAGCAAAAGCACUCAACAAGUUUGCCGGGCCGGACAAUUUUCUCCACGACACUCGCUGCAAGUCGAUAAUCGAUGCAGGAGGUACUAAGCACCUGGUUCCUUUGGUUUACUUUGGUGAACAAAUGGUGCAGAUUCCUUCUUUCAUAUUACUAUGUUACCUUGCCAUGCACGUCCCAGAGAGCGAGACGAUAGCGCAGGAUGAUGUCCUCAUCGUGCUGGAAUGGUCGACAAAACAGCCGAACUUAAUGCAAGAUAAAGACAUCGAAACCUUAGUUUACGAAUCGAAAAAGAGAGUGGAACUCUAUCAAUCCAGAGUCUCAAAAGGAUACCAUUGAUUCAAUCCCAUUGCAUGGUUUGGGAUUAGAGAAACUUAUGGAUUCUUGGAGCUCAAAACAUCGUACUUAUACGGUGCAGAUAUCAUUAGGUUUUUUAGGAUGUGCAGCAUAGGUUAACAUUUGUACCAUAUAUAUAUCAUGUAAUACUUGUUCAUUGGUGUCCAUCAAUGCAGCUUUGUUAUAAGCUCCUUCCACUAUAGGGUUGUUAUGGGCUCUCAUGAAAUUUGUAAUUAUAAAAUAUCUUCUCAUUAUUUGAACAAUUAUAAUUUAUACGUAUCUCCCUACAUUGGGUUGUCACGAUGGGGG